AUGGAACAGCGGAACCAGCUCGGCGCCCUCGGAUACCUGCCGCCGCUGCUGCUGCUCUUCGUGGCCGACGCUACGUUUACUGAAGUCCCCAAAGAUGUGACAGUACGAGAGGGAGACGACAUCGAAAUGCCCUGUGCGUUCCGGGCUCGCGGAGCCACCUCGUACUCGCUGGAGAUCCAGUGGUGGUACCUGAAGGAGCCGCCCCAGGAGCUGCUGCAGGACCUGGCGCUCAGCAUGCCGGGUGCCCGGAGCCAGGUAACAAAUAAGGAUGCAACUAAAAUCAGCACGGUGCGUGUGCAGGGCAAUGACAUCUCGCACCGGCUGCGGCUCUCGGCCGUGCGGCCGCAGGACGAGGGCGUGUACGAGUGCCGCGUGUCCGACUACGGCGACGACGACACGCAGGAGCACGCAGCCCAGGCGCUGCUGCGCGUGCUCUCGCGCUUCGCCCCGCCCCACGUGCAGGCCGCGGAGGCCGUGUCCCACAUCCAGAGCAGCGGCCCGCGCCGCCACAGCCCCGCGGGCGCCUCCAUCGUCAGCCACGUGGGCGCCACGGGCGCCGCAGGCCACACCACCACCGAGCCCAGCCGCGGUGACAAGACCCCGCCGCCCCGGAGCCCUCCAGCCGCCCCCGGCCCUGGAGUCUCCGGGGCCACUGCCGCCUCCCUGGCCCACACGGCCGCCACCGCCACCAGCACCGCCGCGGGCGCUGCGGCUGCUGCUUCCUCAGCGUCGCCGCCUCCCGGCCAGGCGGUCCUUCUGCGCCAGAGGCAUGGCUCCGGCACCGGCCGCACCUACGCCGCAGACCCGCUGCUGUCCCUGCUCCUGCUAGGGCUGCACAGGCUCCUCGGCCUGCUGGCCGGGCCCUGA